CUGCGGCGUGUCUCCUGUAUCUGGCCGUUCGCUCCAGCUGGAGGGGCAUCCGGCUGCUGCGUGUUAGCUUAGCUAGGCCGCUGAUGGCGGUCUCUGAGGAGCUGGUGCUUAGUGAUCCGCUUAGUUAGCUGGUCCGAUCUGCUGGAUGCUCACGAUGGACUUUGAUCUGUCCUCAUGCGAGUCGGGCACCCGGAGGCAGGGACGGCCACCUGGCUGCCCUGCUGCUAGCUAUACGCACCGUAAUGGUAUAAAUCACCACCGCGGCUUUUUCGGCCAUUCACAGAGUCCGGAAUGUGAUGCAGACCCCUCGGCAUUAGCCAACUAUGUUGUUGCUCUAGUUAAGAAAGACAAACCGGAAAAAGACUUGAAGGCCCUUUGUGCUGAUCAGUUGGAUGUAUUUCUACAGAAAGAGACGACCGGCUUCGUAGAUAAACUCUUUGAAUGUCUGACGACAAGAAACUACUUGGCGAACACAGAGGUGAAAGAAGUGCAGAAGUUGGAGACCAAGUCAUCGGCGCCAAAACCAGAGGAGAAGCAGGAGAAUGUAAAUGCCGAGGAAGACCGGGAGGCGAGGAGGAGGAGGAGUCCGUUAAAAAACCGUUCGGACCUUAAUGAGUCCAGGACGCGCGAUGAGCGCAGGAGGGAUGACCGUAAGCGGCGCAGUGGCGAGUCCUACCGGGAGCGACACGAGCGGCGCAUGGGGACCAUCCGGGGGCGGAGCUACAGCCGGAGCCGCAGCCGGAGUGGGAGCCGGGGCAAGAGCGGGGACCGGGAGCACGGCCGGGGCAAAGAGCACAGGUCCAAGUUCGAGCAGGAGAGGAAGGACCAGGAGGGCUACACUCCCACCACGGCGCCCCCUGCUGGCAGCUCCCUGCCCCCUCCAGCGCUGCACCCCCUGCUGCCGCCUCACCACUCGCUGUCCUCAGAGGCCGCCGUCACUGCUGUCCCCAGCGCUGUUACCGUGGUAGCGCCCGCGCACCUGCCCGACGGCACCACCGAGAGCUGGUCCAGCUUCUUCCCUCCCAACCACGGCGAGGGCAAGCAGUUCAGCAAGAGCGCCGCGCCGAAACGCCGCUGCCGCGACUACGACGAGAAAGGCUUCUGCAUACGUGGGGAUCUGUGCCCAUUUGACCACGGCAAUGACCCGUUGGUAGUGGACGACGUCACCCUGCCCACCAUGAUCCCCUUCCCGCCCCCACCUGGAAUGCCACCCCCCCGGGCCCCCAUGCCCCCCAUGAGCAAGCCUCCACCAGGCAUCCGGCUCCCGCUGCCCCCCCACGGGCAGCCCCCCCUGCCUCCCCUCUUCCCCAUGCCAGGGCCGCCUUUAAUGCCCACAUGUGCGAUAGAUGUCCGCGAGCACUCUGGCACGAAUCGGAUGUCUGCCCUGGCACUGCCGGGGGUGGGGGCGCCCCCCACCGCGUCGCACCCCCAGUACCCUCUGCCAGAGUAUAACUACGAGCAGGAGCCGUACAACCCUGAGGCUCCGGGCAUCACCGUGUCCAGUCGGCCCCAGUACCGGCACUUCAUCCCGCGUAUCCAGACCCAGAGGCCCAACCUCAUCGGCUUGACCUCUGGGGACAUGGACACUCAGGGUUCCCGAGCCGCCAACAUCGUGAUCCAGACAGAGCCCUCGGUGUCGGCCGUGCCCUCUGCCCCCCCCCGAUAUGGCAGCGACCAGGAUGGCAAAAAAAGGCCCCUCAGCUCCUUGGAGGCCCCCCCAGCCAAGAAGCCCUGGGUGGGCAAACCAAACUUCAACAACCAGCACAAGGCCGGCUUCCAGAAGCGGACACAUUACGCCAACACUAAGCUGGAGGUCCGUCGGAUCCCUCGCGACCUCAACAACAUCACCAAGUUAAACGAGCACUUCAGCAAGUUUGGCACCAUCGUCAACAUUCAGGUGGUGUUUGGAGGUGACCCAGAGGCGGCGCUGAUCCAGUACACGGCCAACGACGAGGCCCGGCGGGCUAUAUCCUGCACGGAGGCCGUGCUCAACAACCGCUUCAUCCGCGUCUACUGGCACCGGGAGAAUAGUGAGCAGCACGCGGGCCAGAGCACGGGUCCAAGCGCUCCUGCCGGGCCCCAGCACGCGGGCCCCCACAAGCCUGUAAACAAACAGCAUGGCCCCGGCCCCUACGUGCUCUACAAGACGGCCAAGCACCGCCUAGGGGGCGCCGCGGGGAACCAAGCGGAUCCGCUGCAGCCUGCGGCAGACGGUUCACCGGCCAUGACUGCGUCUGCGACUCUGCAGAAGGGAGCCUACGGCUCGCCGGCCAACAGGACGCCCCCCAAGCCCUUGGGGAAAGUGGGGAAGGCACUGGAGGCCCAGGAGGCUCUGAAGAAGAAGCAGGAGGCCCUGAAGCUGCAGCAGGACAUGAGGAAGAAGAAGCAGGAGAUGGUGGAGAAGCAGAUCGAGUGUCAGAAGGUCUUGAUAAACCGUCUCGAGAAGAACAAGAACAUGAAGCCAGAGGAGAGAGCAGAGAUCAUGAAGACCCUGAAGGAGUUGACCAACAAGAUCUCCCAGCUGAAGGACGAGAUGAAGCCACCCUGCAAUUCUGCGGCCAAGUCUGCUCAACCCAAGACCAAGACAGACGCACAGAAGGAGCUGCUUGAUGCAGAGCUGGAUUUCCACAAGAAGCUGAGCUCUGGAGAGGACACCACAGACCUGAAGAGGCGCCUCAGCCAGCUCCAGGUGGAGGCUGCACGGUUAGGCCUGAUCCCGGCUGGACGAGGCAAGGUCACCCUUCCUCGGGGGCGGGGCCGGGGGCGGGGCCGCAGCUUGAGAGGCCGAGGCGGGGGUAACCACAUGGUGGUGGAUCACCGUCCCAAAGCCCUGGCCAUCCAUGGAGUGUCCAGAGAGGAGAAGGACGAGCUGAUGUGCCACUUUGUGAAAUAUGGGGAGAUUGAGGAGCUGCGUGACCACGAUGCCACCAGUGUUGUUAUGACCUUCAAGACGCGGAGUGACGCUGAGAAUGCUGCAAACCAAGGUGCCAAGUUCAAAGGUCGCAGUCUUCAGAUGUCAUGGUACAAGCCGAAGACUCCGUCCGUGUCCACGGAGCCGGAAGAGGAGGAGUCCAAGGAGGAACUGAAUGAGGCCGAGAGCUCCCUGCUGCUCCCAGAGGAGGACGAGGAGGACGAAGACGAGGAGGACGAGGAUGAGAGCCGCUCCUGGAGGAGAUGAAUUGGCUCUGAACGUCGACCUUUUUUGUGAAAAGGACUCGAUUAUUUUUUUAAAACUUUACCUGUAUUUAAUAAGGUGGAAAUCACUUUUUAAAGUUUCAAGUUUUUUGAGACGCGAAGGGCGGGAUAUACUGUAACGGCUGAGUGCGUCUCCCGGAAGCGGCGCUUUAACUUCGUACUAAAGCAGUCUGCAAGUAACCUCCGAGUUUUUACUGUGUCCGCAGAUACAGAUAAAGCAGAACUUUUUUUAUUUUAGUCUGGGUCCGAAUUUUUCAGUUUACCCUCAGUUUUCAAAGAGCCCACGUUCCCUGUAGUUUGGUUUGAGUCUCACCCAACAUCUGCCACUAUUGUCACAGGUUUUAUUUUAGAAAUUAAAACUUGUUCAAAUGUAUAUAAAGGUUAAAUACACAAACUGAGUCGUGA